GGUUCUCGGGUGUGGCGGGCCGAGGGGCGGAGCAGUGCGUUCUCCCUUCUCCCGGGCAGAACACGCACGCACAUAUAUGCACACAUACACUCGCGCGCGCACGCUCCCACACAGGGGCGCAGACAUUAGCCUGGCUAGGCUCAGUCGCGCCCCCACCCUGCCAAGCUGUGUGAUCAGCACACACAGGACAGCGCCAUCCACCCACGUGCUGGGGGCGGGGUCCCGGCAGCCCACAGAACCUCCAGGAGGGUCCAGUCCAGCCACCUAGCAGGAAGCACCGCAGGACCCCGACGCCAUGUUCCCGGAACCCCCGACCCCGGGGUCUCCAGCGCCUGAGACACCUCCAGACUCCAGCCGCAUCAGGCAAGGCGCAGUGCCUGCCUGGGUCCUGGCGACUAUCGUGCUGGGCUCAGGCCUCCUGGUCUUCAGCAGCUGUUUCUGUCUCUACCGGAAGCGCUGUCGGAGACGGAUGGGCAAAAAGAGUCAGGCCCAAGCCCAAGUCCAUCUUCAGGAAGUGAAGGAGCUGGGCCGGAGUUACAUAGAUAAGGUUCAGCCUGAAAUAGAGGAGCUGGACCCUUCACCAUCCAUGCCAGGACAGCAGGUAUCAGACAAGCACCAGCUAGGCCGACUGCAGUAUUCACUGGAUUAUGACUUCCAGACUGGCCAGCUCCUGGUGGGCAUCUUGCAAGCCGAGGGACUGGCGGCGUUGGACCUAGGAGGUUCCUCAGACCCCUACGUUAGUGUCUAUCUGCUGCCAGACAAGCGGAGGCGACAUGAGACCAAGGUGCAUCGGCAGACCCUGAAUCCACACUUUGGAGAGACAUUUGCCUUCAAGGUCCCGUACGUGGAACUAGGGGGCAGAGUGCUGGUCAUGGCGGUGUAUGACUUCGAUCGCUUUUCUCGAAACGAUGCCAUUGGGGAGGUGCGGGUGCCUAUGAGUUCAGUAAACCUGGGGCGCCCAGUGCAGGCCUGGCGAGAACUGCAGGUAGCUCCCAAAGAGGAGCAGGAGAAACUGGGGGAUAUCUGCUUCUCUCUCCGCUAUGUCCCCACGGCCGGGAAGCUCACUGUCAUUGUCCUGGAAGCUAAAAACCUGAAGAAAAUGGAUGUAGGAGGACUCUCAGAUCCCUACGUCAAGGUGCACCUGCUCCAGGGAGGUAAAAAGGUUCGGAAGAAGAAAACCACCAUUAAGAAGAACACCCUGAACCCCUAUUACAACGAGGCCUUCAGCUUUGAGGUGCCCUGCGACCAGGUGCAGAAAGUCCAGGUGGAGCUGACCGUUUUGGAUUAUGACAAACUGGGCAAGAAUGAGGCCAUCGGGAGAGUGGCGGUGGGCGCAGCAGUCGGUGGGGCCGGCUUACGGCACUGGGCGGACAUGUUGGCCAACCCCAGGAGGCCCAUUGCCCAGUGGCACUCUCUGCGGCCCCCUGACAGAGCCAGGCCAAUACCUGCACCCUGAUUCCCAUCAAGCAAGCACCUGACCCCAGACCCCUUGCUUCCAGCCCCUUCUCUCUCUCCCCACAUGCCUCUCCCUGCUCCCCAAACAUUGCACUCAUUCCUACCUCCACAAUGGAAAUGUUUCUGACUUCCAGCACCACUCCAGUACCCAGAAACCACAAUGAUCCUGUGGGGAGGUGGGAAAGUCGGAAAUCUCGCAUCCCCCCACCCCAGGGUCCUACCCUCUGCUUUGACAAUCAGCUUCGAAGCCUCUGAUUUCCUUUCUCCCAGUCUCUUCUUUGCUCUUCCCACACAGCUUGACCCCUGUGCUGCUCAAGGGGCCAAAUAAAUACUCAACAGCUUGGA